CGCCACGUGCGGCGGUCACGUGCCCGCAGCGCCAUGGCGGCGGCCGCCAAGAGGCCCCAGGCGGCGGCCGGGAGCAGCGCCCUCGGGAAGCGCCGCGCCGAUCCCCUCUCCGCCUUCCUGGCGUGGUGCGGCCGCGCCGGUGUGGAGCUCAGCCCCAAGGUCCGGCUGAGCCGCCGGGGCGCCGUGGCCGGCUACGGGAUGCUGGCGGCCGCUGAGCUGCAGCCCGGAGAGGUCGUCGUCACCGUGCCCCGCGGAGCGCUGCUGUCCCAGCACACCUGCUCCCUCCGUGAGCUCCUGCUGGAAGCACAGGAAUCCCUGCAGAGCCAAUCUGGGUGGGUGCCUCUCUUGCUGGCGCUGCUGCACGAGUACACAGCCAGCGACUCCUACUGGCAGCCUUAUUUCUCCCUCUGGAAGGACUUCAGCAGCCUGGAUCACCCCAUGUUCUGGCCUGAAGAAGAACGAAAGAGGCUCCUGCAGGGCACAGGCAUCCCAGAAGCUGUGGACAAGGACCUGGCUAACAUCCACAUGGAGUACAGCACCAUCAUCCUGCCUUUCAUGGAGUCCCACCCCAACAUCUUUGACCCCAAGCUGCACACGCUGGAGCUGUACAAGCAGCUGGUGGCAUUUGUCAUGGCCUACAGCUUUCAGGAACCUUUGGAUGAGGAAGAUGAAGAUGAAAAGGGGCCCAAUCCUCCCAUGAUGGUGCCUGUAGCAGAUAUUUUGAAUCACGUGGCCAACCAUAACGCCAACCUGGAGUACUCUCCUUGUUUACGGAUGGUUACAACACAGCCCAUCAGCAAAGGACAAGAGAUCUUCAACACCUACGGGCAGAUGGCCAACUGGCAGCUCCUACACAUGUAUGGCUUUGCAGAGCCAUACCCAGGCAACAUCAACGACACAGCUGACAUACAGAUGGUGACAGUACGCAGGGCAGCACUGCAGCGUGCCAGAAGCAAAGCAGAGCAGCAGCUGGUCUCUGAGCAGUGGGACUUCUUGUGCCAGCUGGAGAUGGUGGGGGAGGAAGGUGCCUUUGUGCUUGGCUGGGAGGAGGUGCUGACAGAGGAAGAGCUGUCCAUGACCCUGAAGGUGCUGUGUAUGUCAGAAGAAGAAUUCAAGGAGUACAAGGAACAAGAUGGCUGGGAAGACGACAGCGACGAAGAGGAAAACUCUGUCCUUUCUAACGAGGCUCUCUCCAGACUUAAACCCCCUUGCAAGAAGCUCCUUUAUGACAGUGUGCUCCUAACCCUGGAGUCCUAUGGGUCAGACUUGAAAGCAGAGCAGGACUUGCUAAAUAACAAGGAAGCUUAUGAGAAACUGAGUCAAAGGGAGCAGCAAGCUUUGCAUGUGCGCUAUGGACAGAAAAGGAUCUUGCAUCAGCUGCUAGAGCUGGUACGCUAGAAGGUCACAGCUUCUGGAAAUGAACUACCUGAACCGUGCUCAGGAAGGGAAGAUCGGUCAGCCUCUGGCCAUCGCUUAUGCAGAAGUGAGAACAGAUGGCAAGAUUAAAUAUGGGUCCAUUUGUCCCUCAAAAAGCAUGUGGCUUUUCAGCUACCUCUAUAUAAACAGAAUCUCUUCCACAGCACAGUAAGUGGUUUGGGUGGCCUUGUCUUACAGCGAGAACUGCUUCUUCCAGCACACCUCCUAGACAACCUCAGAAAGCCCACAUCUCCUAAUGGCUGCUCCAGGAAGGCAGAUGUACGUUGUCAGAAGAGCAAGUGGGUCAUUUUAACAUCAGCAAGAACUGCUCCCUGAGCAGAUGAAGAGGGCAGAAAUCCAACUGGUACCUCUUGCCUUACUGAGGUUCAAAGUAAAUAUCUGUGCAGGUGGAGAUGUUGACAAAUUAAACUCUUGACUACACUUUGUUAAUACUG